CCCGCCGUCGAAGAAGAAAAGACACCAGUACAGGAAGAAGACAUGCUCCACUCGACAAAGUUACACGGAGGAAUUGAUCCACAUUUUACACCGCGAACGCGCAUUUAACUCGCAGGCAGGGCCCGUGUUUUUUUUUUUGUUUGGAUAUCAAUGGCGACACUUUGGUUUUGUCACCAGUUAGCUUGCCGUGCAAGUAUGUGAAUAGCUGGCCAGCCUGUUAUGCUUGUCAGUGUGUGGGUUUUCGCUGGACUCUGGCGUCAAUUCACUCUGCAAAUACAACAGGGAUCCUUGAAUUGUCUUUAUAGCAAAGCGACUAGAAAGAAAGAUAAUGGCUCAAAUAAAAAUCGGGCAAAUAUGACAUGUUAUAGUGCGGCGACUUGAGCACAGAUGUUACCUGCGUGUGCUACCCCUUUAGCCACGUAAACUGCUCCCGAUGACGUAGCAGCAGCACCAGCGGUUAUAUUCCUAUAUCCAUUAUAUUCACAUAUAUAUAUACAUACAUAUAUAUUAAUUGACACCCACACAGUCACCCUGUAUUGCGUAUUUGUAGCGAUAUAUCCUCGUUAUUUCGAUCCGAACUUUGCCAGCCAAGAUGCUAUAGUUGCACCUGGAUAUAGGCUUGUUGCUCCCCCUGGUCCUGCUUGCUUUUAGCGGAGGAUGAAGCGGAUCGUCUGGCUGAUAUCAGGAAUAAAUAGAAGAAUAAUGAAGCUCCUUUUCGCCCUCGCUUUGAUCACUUACAUGGCAUCUGUCUGGGGAACGUAUACAAACAUGAGAUCCAUACAAGAACACAAAGAGGUGAAGAUUGAGCAGAGGAUCAAUGAAGCUGUGGCUCCACUCCGAGAGAAGAUACGUGAUCUGGAACAAAGUUUCUCUGAAAAAUACCCACCUGUGAAAUUUCUGUCCGAGAAGGAUCGAAAGAGGAUUUUGAUUACUGGUGGUGCAGGCUUUGUGGGCUCCCAUCUAACGGACAAGCUGAUGAUGGAUGGCCAUGAGGUGACCGUGGUGGACAACUUUUUCACGGGGAGGAAAAGGAACGUGGAGCACUGGAUCGGCCAUGAGAACUUUGAGCUCAUCAAUCAUGACGUGGUGGAGCCACUCUAUAUCGAGGUGGAUCAGAUCUUUCACUUGGCUUCGCCGGCUUCUCCUCCCAAUUAUAUGUACAACCCCAUCAAAACCCUCAAGACGAACACCAUUGGCACUCUCAACAUGCUCGGCCUUGCUAAACGCGUGGGCGCCAGACUCCUCUUGGCUUCUACAUCGGAGGUUUACGGAGACCCUGAGGUGCAUCCCCAAAAUGAAGAGUACUGGGGCCAUGUGAAUCCCAUUGGUCCUCGAGCAUGCUAUGACGAAGGCAAACGCGUCGCCGAGACCAUGUGUUAUGCCUACAUGAAACAGGAAGGAGUAGAAGUAAGAGUGGCGAGGAUCUUCAACACGUUUGGUUCCCGAAUGCACAUGAAUGACGGCCGCGUCGUGAGCAACUUCAUCCUGCAAGCCCUUCAGGGAGAACCUCUCACUGUCUAUGGCACCGGUUCCCAAACAAGAGCCUUCCAGUAUGUGAGUGACCUGGUGAACGGCCUGGUGCUGUUGAUGAACAGUAACAUCAGCAGUCCUGUUAAUCUGGGUAAUCCAGAGGAGCACACCAUACUGGAGUUUGCUCAGCUCAUCAAAAGUCUUGUCGUGAGCCAAAGUCAUAUCCAGUUCCUACCCGAGGCCCAGGAUGACCCACAGAGGCGAAGACCCGACAUUCGAAAAGCCAAAACGAUGCUCGGCUGGGAGCCAGUGGUGCCCCUGGAAGAGGGUCUGAACAAAACCAUCCAGUACUUCAGCAGGGAACUGGAGCACCAGGCCAACAACCAGUACAUUCCCAAACCCAAAGCGGCCCGCAUGAAGAAAGGUCGACCUAGACACAACUAAACACGCGGACCUAUGUUUUUGCCAAGGUGCAUUCUGGGAUAUUUAUUUUGGAGAAGAAGAAGACUUUUGAUUGUCCUGUUGCCUUGAUGAAGAGCUGCAAGUUGCACUGUAAGGCGCCAAAACAAGCCUGAAUCCGAUUAUUUAAAACACAGCCUAUGCUAUCUUUUUUUUUUGGUUUGUUUUGGGUUGAAUUUGUACUUCCGCUAUUUAAAUCUCUUGCAGCGCUUCAGUGCUUUGUGUUCUUCUUAAUAGAUUUAUUUGGAGACGAGACGAUUAGCACGUUUCCUGGCGAAAGAGAGACUGUCACUGUGACAUCGUUGCUUCACUUUGGGGAACAGCUCACGUCAGGAUGUGCAUUAUGCGUAUCAGGUGAUGAUGCUAUUUUAAUAAAAAUAUUUACAAGAA